UAAUAUAUACAUAAUUAGUUUAAUUACAUAUGUUUACUAUUACUAACCAAUAAUUAAAAUUAAAAAAAAGUCGUAAAACACAGCGCUUUACUUCCACCUUCCUAACAAACACUGAACGCCUCCGAGCAUAUAUAGAGAGAGAAAGAGUGCGAGGUUGAAGAGAGAGAAACCACUGAAACAAGAGAGAGAAAGUUUCAAGCUCCAACAAUGGCGAUUAUAUUGCAGAUCUCGAAACCCUAAUUUCUCUCUCAGAAGCUAAUAUUUUCUCCUUGUUUUUCUCGUUAAAGAAAUCAUUUCUUGAUUUCUGCGUUCAGUUUCAGUUCGAGAUCGGCGUUUUUUGGCGGUUCGAUUUCUUGGAGAGUGUCAUUUUUCCUUUUGCGACACUUUACAGCGUCGAUUCUUGCAGUUCUCUUCGCAUUAUACUUUGUUAUUUUCACUUUUUUUGCAUUCGAUUAAACUCGCGAGAGUUUCGCAUUAUUCCUUCAUUUUUGUACUGAUAAUAAGGUUUUCCGGCGGAAAUUUGCCGGAAUGAACUGAAAAUUUGAGCUCGUUUACGCCUGAAAAUAAGGUUUUCGCCGGGAAAUGGACGACCGCGGUGGUUCGUUCGUCGCUGUUCGCCGAAUUUCUCAGAGUUUGGACCGUGGCUCUUACCAUACGAAUUCCGCUGAAGUUGUUGCGGGAUCAACAGCUUGGAUAGGUAAAGGUCUUUCGUGUGUUUGUGCUCAAAGAAGAGAUAGUGAUGCUCGGCCAUCGUUUGAUUUGACUCCAACACAGGAAGAGUGCUUGCAACGGUUGCAGAGUCGCAUUGAUGUUCCCUAUGAUAGUUCAAACCCAGAACAUCAGGAAGCUUUGAGGGCAUUGUGGAAUGCUUCCUUUCCUCAUGAAGAACUUCAUGAUUUGAUAUCUGAACAAUGGAAGGAGAUGGGAUGGCAAGGGAAAGAUCCAUCCACAGAUUUUAGGGGUGGUGGCUUCAUAUCACUGGAGAACUUGUUGUUUUUUGCUAAAAAUUUUCCGAAAUCCUUUCAGGACCUUCUGCGUAAGCAGGAGGGAGAUCGGGCUAUGUGGGAAUACCCAUUUGCUGUAGCAGGUGUGAAUAUUACCUUCAUGCUGAUCCAGAUGUUAGAUCUUGAAGCAGUCAAGCCACGAACACUGGUGGGAGCAAUUUUCCUAAAAUGCCUAUCUGAAAAUGACUCAGCAUUUGAUCUGCUCUAUUGCAUCACCUUCAAGCUGCUUGACCAUCUUUGGCUUGAGAUGCAUGCUUCGUACAUGGACUUUAAUGCGGUGAUGAAGGCUACACGCCGUCAGCUUGAGAAAGAAAUGAUGCUUGAGGAUAUUAUUCGGCUUGAAGACCUGCCAUCAUAUAGUCUUCUCUCUAAAUAGGUAGCUUUCAAGAGAACUAAGAUGAACGUUAGAUGCAAGAUGUUGGAAACCUUUAUUCUCUUAUUGAAAUAGUCCAUUCCUUCCACGGGAAAUCCUGUCUUUGAUACCUAACUGGAUGGUGCUGGUCCUAGAAGAUUUGGUGUGCCAUCUUGAAACCCGGAUUCAUUGUCAAUUUGAUUUUAGGAGUGGCUUUUGUAAGCACCACACAGUCAUAAAUCAGCAGUUCUAGUACCUAACUGAAUUGCUAUAGGUGUGGCCAGUUUUAUCUUGUCAAUGAAAAUAUGCCAUUUUUAGGGCUUGGGUUUUCUUAAUCAGAUGUUCUCGUCGUCGCUAGUUAGUGCGUUUUUCUUAGUAUUUUCAAGAGGCAAGAAUGUUAAUGUUCAAUCUCCUGGAAGAAGCAGAAGCAGCUAGCAGAGCUUCACUCUCUGGUCAGAUUGGCGAGUGGUAAUGGUGAUUUGGAGACACUAGCUCAGGGAUUGAGUUUAUCUUUUCUAUCAUGCUUUGAUGGGAAGGUGUGAAAGGUAGAUCGAACUGUCAAGCUCUUAACUUUCUAACCAUAGGACUAUAGGAGCAUCUCUUGAUUCUUAAUCAGAAUUCUUUGCUCAUUCAGAAAUAUUAAAUUCUAUGUUGUCCUUGCAUGUUGAAGUGUGAAGACUGUGUGAAUGUUAAUCAUUUAGCUAAGAAUAUUAAUAAUAGGCCUAACUAUACUACGAGUAUUUUUAUUUA